ACCUCAAAAUAGUCCUUUUGCUAAAGAGGGAUAUUUGGGGGUGGCAUAUUCUGCUCUUCAUUAGAAAUGUCAGUAUAGUAUCAUACAACCAAGGAUAGUUAAGAACUAUAUUUACAUUAAAUAGAAAAAUAAUCUAUUUAUAAAACCAAAAAAUGGCUGCUAGGGAGUUGAUUAAAAUUGUAUUAAGAAAAUUCGUAAGAAUAACAAGCAGACAUUAAAAUAUCUUUCUGUUUAAUAAGGGAAAUUGAUUAAAAUGUAAUCAGGGCAAAGAGGUCCCAAAAUGCAUACAAUUUCUUUAAAAGGAUAUGUGCUUUUAUCUGUUCACCAAAACAGCAAAUUAGCUAGCACUGGUGAUUUCUGUGUGGUAGGAGAACUAGUUAUUUUAUUGCUCGCCCUGUUCUGUAUUUUCCACAACAUUAAUGUUUUGCGUUCGCAUUCAAAAGCAAUUGUUAAAGCGUUAAAACAUAGUAGAUAACAAAAUAGUUACUAUGGUACAAAACUCAGUACAAACGAACCGAGAAGGCCUCUUUUUUUUUUUCCCCCUUCGUCAGAUUCCCCUCCCCCCAACAAGACUUCCCGCCGACUUUCUUCACGUUCUCAAUUCGGUCCGCCAACGGAUGUAUAAAGGCCUGCAUCAGGGUAGGUUACAGACAAACCGUAAGCUAGCUCUUGUUCUUUCGCCAUGUCUGGACGUGGAAAAGGGGGGAAGGGCCUUGGUAAGGGAGGAGCUAAGCGCCAUCGGAAGGUGCUUCGGGACAACAUCCAGGGUAUCACCAAACCUGCCAUUCGGCGUUUGGCCCGACGAGGUGGUGUCAAGCGCAUCUCUGGCCUCAUCUACGAGGAGACCCGCGGGGUGCUGAAGGUGUUCCUGGAGAACGUGAUCCGGGACGCGGUGACCUACACGGAGCACGCCAAGCGCAAGACGGUCACGGCUAUGGACGUGGUCUACGCGCUCAAGCGCCAGGGCCGUACUCUCUACGGCUUUGGUGGCUGAGUAUCUGCGCUCUUUUUUCCACAAAAGGCCCUUUUCAGGGCCCC